AAACAGUAUAAGGUAUCACCAGAACAAUAAUUAUGAAGGUCAAGUUCUGUUUGAUUGCUUCGCUUUUGAUUCUCUCUUUGGCGAUUUCGUCAUACGUCGUUUUAGUUCAAUCAUACGAAUCCGAAGAAGAAACAAUAGCAGAAACGAUUCACAUUCGAAAGAUAAUGAAGAUCGGAGCUCCUCGUAGUAAAUCACCACCUGAUCGCCAGUGGGGUGGGAGUGACUCGCCACUACCCGGAUAGGUCCAAGUUCACACUAAGGCGAUGGCUAUACGAGUUGUAAACUUUAUUUAGUUUAUGCAAAGUACAAGAUACUUAAAAAGAAAACCAAUGGCCAGUUCCAAUGUGUUUUUGAUUAUUUUUCUGAAUCCCUAAAUGUUUGUUUGUUUGUGUUUCUUGGGGAGUUCUCCAUACAAAAUUUUGUCAACAAACCAAGCUGUCACCUAAUUUUUAAUAAUUUACGUAAGAUUGACCUUGUCUUUUA